UGCCACUGCGCAUCCCUGCGUUAUUUUCACGACAGCCCAACACUGUCACACUGCGGAGCCAAUAAAAAGAUUUACCCCGAUUUUGGUGUUGAAAAAUGACAAAGCAGGCUCCAAACAAUCAGCCGAGCCGAAAUUCCUCAGGAGUUUAACAAGACCGCCCCCACCCACUCAGCACUCAGCGCUCAGCUCCCGCGGAGGAGCAGCCGCAGCCACAGAAUGGUAGAUCCGGUGGCAGCGCUCUGCAACUAUAAUGUCCUGGAAGUCAUUUUUUCCUACUUGGAGCUGGACGACCUGAGCAAAUGCUCGCAGGUGUGCAAGAGCUGGUAUCACUUCCUGAACGACGAGAUCAGCGACGUGUGGCGCUGGCACUGCCUGAACAAGCUGCCCAAGGAGGCGCUCAAAUCGGACUUGCUGGCCUCCCUCUCCACCUACAAGACGAAGCUCAGGGCUUACUUCCACGCUUGGAGCCCGAACGACUGUUCGCGCAACGUGUACAUAAAGCCAAAUGGAUUCACCCUGCAUCGCAAUCCCGUGGCACAGAGCACAGAUGCGGCACGCGGAAAAAUCGGCUUUAAGCACGGACGCCACGCGUGGGAGGUUAUUUGGGAAGGACCAUUGGGCACCGUGGCGGUCAUUGGCAUAUCCACGAAGGAGGCGGCCUUACAGUGCCACGGCUAUGUAGCCCUGCUGGGUUCCGACGAGCAGAGCUGGGGCUGGAACCUGGUCGAGAACCACCUGCUGCACAACGGGGACAUGCAGGGCAGCUACCCGUUGCUUAACAACGCCCCCAAGUACCAGGUGGGCGAGCGGAUACGCGUCAUACUCGACUGUGAUGAUAAUACGCUGUCUUUCGAGAAGAACUACGAGUUUCUGGGCGUGGCCUUUCGGGGGCUACCAGACAAGAAGCUCUAUCCCACAGUAUCUGCUGUCUACGGCAACACCGAGGUGUCAAUGGUCUAUCUUGGCACUCCAUUGGAUGGAUAGUUGUGGCAGGGAUGGACAGAGAUGCAGCCUUACCGCGUACAAUUUGUUUAAAAAACUCAAUGAAUCAAGCUAGUUUUAUGUGUAAAUUUGUAUUUAUCUUUAUUACGUUUGCUUCAUUCCACCUGCAACUCAGUUCGAUAUUUUAACUUUAGUGAAUAGUUCGUGUUUGUACAAAAUUUUGCAUUUCUUUGUUUUACCGCCACGCCAAAGUUAAAGUCCACCUCCGCACUAUCUUCACCUGGCAAUUUACGUUAGUUAUAUGAACCAAAUGAAUAAAUUAUAGCGAUUAAUAAAUAA